AUGGCAGCUUUCGUGGUUCGUAGAUCUAGCGGGCCGGUAAUCCGGUCCAUUUCCCCUUCAUCAGGGCUGAGCCGCCACAUCUCCGCCCAAUCGCCGCCGUCCUCCCCCGCCCGCGGGAACCUAGACGACAACCGCCCUUCCCGGCCAUUCAACUUCUUCGCUUUGGACCGGCCGGUUCACUCGAACCGCGUCGUUUCACCUUCGACCCGGUCGGACAAGCCUCAGAGGAGGACGUGUAUGUGCUCACCCACAAACCACCCAGGCUCGUUCCGGUGCAGCCUGCACAAGGGCGUCGCCGGCGGAGCGAAAGCGGCGACGUGCGGGGGCUCCGGUGGGCUGAGUAUGAGGCGGUCCGCCGUCGUGAAUUCCCUCGCGAGAUUGGGUGCUGCGAAGGGGGGUCUGGCGGCUCUGAUCCGCCCCUCUUCCUGCCACCAGCGCCGGCGGGGCGAUUUCCGGCCGGGACCCAGCAGGCUUUCCGCAAUGUCGAUGAAUUGA